CCGUCCUGACUGGCUCGACACGGGUGUCGUCGACGUCGUCGCAGCACCCAGUGCGGUGUGCUCGUGACACAGCUCGGUCCAUCAGCAUCCUAGCAUUCCCAGAGCUUUCGCUUUCCCGUCGGAACAGAUUAUCACGUUCCAACUCUUCUUGUACUCUUUUUGUUUUUCCGGCAGUGCUUCUUUACCAACCCUUCCCCGUCUACUGCGCCCGACUCGGGUCUCACACCCACGCUGGAAACCGUUGCUGAACUUAGCCCUAGACAUGCCAGGGUACAUCGUCGGAACACACAUCGUCGACCCCCGCAUCCUGUCCGAACAGGUCGGUGGUGGUCCUGUAGAUCCAGAUCCUUUCCCUUCUCCUGCACGUUCGGAUCCUCGUGACCAGCAGCCACGUUCCGAAUAUCUGGCAACCACCGUCGGCUUGCCCAUACAUCUUGGACGUCCUUCUCGCACCACCCUUCCCACUAGUAUUGCUCCUCCCUCUCCCGAUUCCCACUCUGUACACAGUAGUAACAUGUCCCGUGCCAAUGCCCAUCCAUACAAUGAUGGCAUCAGCAUCUAUUCUGAUCUUGAAAGUUUUACCUUUGGAGAGGCUCGUUCGUCACUCAACGUGGCCGGGCACGACGCCGUCAGCCCGCUCACACCCGUCGUUCGUCCCUCGGGUUCCGAUCAGACAUCUGGUCCCCUUUUGUCUGCCCAGUUCGUGUCCCCCUCUCUCCAAACCGUCUGCAGUCAUCCUUCGCAGGGUGCGGGACGCCCAGUUCCACUCCCUUCUACGUCGUCCCCUCACCUCGUCUCCCCUUGGAGUAUGUCGAGGGACACAUCCUCCGACAGACAUGACCAUUCUGUCGCUGGGAUAACCGGAGAAGGCCAUGAACGUCCCGCCGCAGCCGCCGAUCGUGAGUUCCGUCCAUCCCACCCACGUCGCGGCAGAGUCAUUCCCGAUGAUGCUUCCCAGCACACCUUUGGGCACGGUGUGCGUCAUCAUGGGAUUGCUUCUUCUUCUUCUUCUAUAUCUGUCGCCAGCUCUCGCUCUAGCUCCUGCGCGAGCUUCCGGUCAGAGCUUCUCAGCAGCGACGACGAGCUAGAAGUUGGUGAUCUCGGCGGGGACAGCUCUCCAGUCACAUUCGCUAGAGAUUACCCCUUGGCUGACAUCGAUGAAGACGCCGACCUCGCCGAUCUUAUGCCUUGGUACUCCCGCCCCAUCACCGAAGACAGGAGGGGCAGUCUCCCCAUGGACAUUCCUUCAGCUCCCCAGGAAGGCGCUAGUCGCAGCCGCGAGAGUAGCAUCCUUACGCUUCGCAGACCCAGUCGUAGCCUGGACGACGAGUACUGCUCUCAUAUUUCUGCUCCCCAGGACCCGUCCGCCAUCUCUCCAAAGUCGGAACCGCACUCUCGUGCAGACUGGCGCUCUCUGGAAGCUCAGAUCCAGGCUCAGGUGCAGGCUGAAUCCCAUGCGACACAGUCGUCUACAUCAACGUCGCAGCCCCCAGCGGACUUCUACAGUAAUUUCGGCCUGGACAUCCAGUAUAUCCUACAACCCAAACAUUCUGAAGGCAGCAUACGUUCAUUCCGCUCCUCUGCACAGUACUCUUUCUUACGACCGUUAUCUGGGGCGCAAUCUUCCGAGGCGUCCUCAUCGAAAGUCACUGCUAUCGCUCCAUUCGCUGUGGGUGCUCGACGGACGAGCACGGCAACACUACAGACUGUCCAUAGUAACGAAGACCCCUUCUUCAGACACAUUCGGAUAAACGACAAAGGGUUUGACAUCAUGGAGAACCAAUGGUUGUAUCAAUGUCGGGAUGUGGACUUCCCAAAGAAGAGGGAGAGGCAAGGUCGACGGUCCUCAAACACACCACUGCCUCCACUACCCCCGUUAAACACGGAACUGCGGAAGUGUACGAAGACGAUGGCCGUCGGACAACGUGAACACUGGUGGUGUCCCAAUACCGGAUUCUUCAGGGUGGACAGAUCGGUCCUAAAGCCGCGUUCUCCUGAUGGUUCCGAGGCAGUACAUCACCGACUGAACAUACGCCAUGUCAAGGACCCCCACUCCAAGGCCAGUAGUGCGGGUCCCACUUCGCUGGUGCACAAGCACUCGCGGGUGACAGGAUUCUCGAUCUUCCGUUUGUUUGCACUGAACGCCGUGAAUGGCCCGCAACAUACACGUCUUAAUAUGCGAGACGGUGUCUUACUUGCGCCGAGGAAGGUACAGGAGCACUUCACGAGCACGAAAACGACGCAACGACUCGCCACACAUGGUUUACUGGAUGACGAGCUGCGCGGCUCGAGGGGCAGUCGCAGGGGUACACAAGGCUUAUCGUUCCGGGACUCGCAUAAGCGACGUGCGCGUGAGGCCAAAUCAGGGACAACCAAGGGCAAAGAGAAAAAGACCACCAAGGGAAAGAGCAGCAAUAGCGGUGGUACUAUUCCCAAGCAAGAGACUAGCACAGGCAGCCAGGAUUUGGCUACAAGUAGUACUGGGAGCACGAGUGAACAUGCUGCGUCUGCACCGGUCGUCUCCUCGUCGCAUACCCAGCCGUCACCAAGAAUUGGUCCUGCAGUGGGUCAUCCACCCUUGCCUGUGCCGCCGGUUCCCCUUGUUGAUUCUGUCCAGACCACAGAAAAUGCGACGAGUAUUGUCCCUUCUUCUCAUCACCGCGAGGGACACAGUGCGGAUUCUGAGGAGGAGCGGAUGCCCACACGCACGCCCCACGCAGAAGCUUUUGGAGCACUCGAUCCAAGCGAUAUCCCGCACUACAUGUCAAAGGCCAAUCGUCCGAAUAGCGACUCCGGACCUUCGUUCCCCACACGUAUCUGGCGUGCGCUACUCGGUACUCCAAGGCCUGAAGGUCCGUCUUCCUCUGUUGGCCUCUACCAGCCCCCAUGGAUAGUCACAGGCGGACGCGAGCAACAAGAGGAGAGUGCCCGAGUCAUUAAUGACCUCACCAACUCCUUCAGAGAUCGAAAGCGUAGCCUAGACGUCCUCGAGCAGAUUCCAGAGGACUGCCUCUACAUGCUCCUUCCUCUUUGGGUUGGCGAGGUCAACCAGUUGGAUGCCGAGACGGACGGGAGUGAAACGUCGGCAACUACACGCGCUCCCUCAGCGACGAUAUUACCUGAGAAUCGGCAUUACCUCCUCGUUUGGUACAUGCCAUGGGAUGAUGAUCCGAAAGCAAAGAAUCCCGAACAGCAAGCACAGACAAGGAAGUCGAAGCACGGGUCACAUACGAGUUCCGACAGUACCCAUGACGCGGAACCUAUGCCUAUAUGCCUUACCUCUUUCCGCGUCAUUGCUCGUGUCGUGCGCUACGAUGACCUUCGUCACUCGGGUGUACGUAUCCCCAGUGUAGGUCUUGCGAUUAGCGGCCCUGCUUGGGAAGCAUUGAACGAUUUCGACCUCAUGAGCGAAUGCCAGGAUCAGAGGUUGACUGAUGCGGUUAUAUGUCAUUGUAGUGGUCGGCAUAAGGGGUUCUCGUUUGAUCCGGAGGGUUUGGCGCGGUUAGGGCUUUGUACGAUGGAAACGGCGGAAGCAACGUCAGACGCGGAUGACCCGAUAUCGAGCUUCUCCCUGACGACCAUUGGUAAAGCUGCCGCCGAGAUGAUCUGGCUGGGCUGCCUCGCUGUGACCAGCUUCGGUCCCUGACAUAGCAUCGUAUCAGGUCCGUCAUCGCACGCGUGGUCUAGGAUCCUACAUACAGUUAGCACUAUUUUACGUUGCAUUGCCAUCCGUUGUACACUGCCAUCUGUAAGGUCGAUACUAAGUCGGUAUCGUACAAACAAUGGAUGAAAAGGGCGGU